AUGAUACCCUCACCAUCCUUGUUGGUUUUUACGCUAGCAACCAUCUCGCUUGCCUGGGCACAGACUGCCGGGACGUUUGCAGAUGGAGGAAACACGUCAGUCAGCGCUAUGAUGAUGUUCGUCGGCAAUAAGGACUAUGUUUACAUCUUGGAUAAAGCGGAGGGUAACGCCGCGAAUAUCAAUGGGCAUCCUGCGUGGGGUGCCGUUUGGAAUAUCGAUACACACGAGGUCGUCGUGCAGGACGUCAGGACGAACGUGUUUUGCUCGUCCGGUAUGCAUCUUCCCAACGGUUCAUUCGUGACAUUUGGCGGAAACGGGGCUGUUACCAAAGGUGGUGGCGUUGGCUCUGUCCUCAAUGACGAGGGCUCGGCUUCGUACGAUUCUCUAUACGAGGAUUAUGAUGGUGGAAAAGCAAUUCGGAUUCUCGACCCCUGUGAUACGGGAUCUGACUUUCAAUCUACUCAGUGUGGUUGGUUCGACAAUCCUGAUCUACUCUCUAUGCAAAAACGUCGAUGGUAUUCUACGGCUGAGCCAACCGCUGAAGGCGAUAUCGUCAUUAUCGGUGGUUUUGCAAACGGUGGUUACAUCAACCGGAACUAUCCCAACACUGACCCAGAGUACGAGGGUGGUGCUGCCGAAUGUACCUACGAGUAUUAUCCAGCAAAUGGACGGACAGCCACUACCAUGCAGUUCAUGAUCAACACUUCUGGUCUCAACUCUUAUCCCCACACCUUCCUGAUGCCAUCAGGUAAAAUGUUCGUUCAGGCUAACGUCUCGACGGUUCUCUGGAAUCACACCUCCAAUGAGGAAACGGCGCUUCCAGAUAUGCCUGGUGGAGUUGUUCGCGUGUAUCCUGCAUCUGGAGCCGUCGCCAUGCUUCCUCUCACACCCAAGAACAACUACAAUCCUACAAUCCUCUUCUGUGGAGGUUCUGACAUGCCGGAUUACUCCUGGGGUAACUACUCAUGGCCAUUCAUAAACACAUGGGAAUACCCAGCUUCAACGGAUUGUCAUCGUAUUACCCCCGAGCCUGAGGACGGCUCAUCUCCGACGUAUGUUAAAGAUGAUGAUAUGUUAGAGGGAAGAACUAUGGGCCAGUUUGUUAUUCUACCCAAUGGCGUAAUGCUGGUCGUGAACGGGGGGCUAAACGGCACUGCUGGUUAUUCCACCAUGACUCUCGAGACAACGUCUUACAGUGACAUGCCCUACGGAAUGUCACUUGCAUCCGGGCCCGUUGGUACGCCUGCUCUCUAUGACCCCGAUGCAGACAGUGGCAAGAGGUGGUCUAAUGAUGGUUUCUCCACAUCUGAUAUUGCCCGUUUAUAUCACUCGUCCGCCAUUGUUCUCCCUGACACAUCUGUCUUGAUUGCUGGAUCAAACCCCAAUGUCGACGUCAACCUGACGACCUACUUUAGCACCGAAUAUCGCGCCGAAAUUUUCUAUCCCCCUUACUUCUCCGCCAGUACUCGCCCGGAGCCGACCGGGCUACCUUCUCAACUCUCUUACGGUGGAGACUACUUCGAUGUCACCAUACCCUCGAGCUCAUAUUCCGGCGAUUCUAAUGACGCCGCUGCGAGCGCUUUCGUAUCCGUUCUUCGAACGGGUUGGACAACACAUGCGAUGAAUAUGGGCCAGCGUUACCUCCAACUUAACAACACAUUUACCGUGAACAGUAAUGGUUCUAUCGUGCUGCAUGUCUCGCAGAUGCCCCCGAAUGCCAACAUUUACCAGCCGGGACCUGCUUUUUUGCACGUUGUUGUGAACGGUAUUCCUAGUAACGGCUCUUACGUUAUCAUCGGAAGCGGAAACAUCGAAACGCAGACAUUGGCUGACACGGCGGCUCUACCGACAAGCGUUAACAGUACCGACGCCCAAGGUUCUGCCGAUGGCUCUACAACGUCAUCGAAUAGUGACAGUAGUUCGAAGACUAGUACUGCCGCUGUUGUUGGCGGAGUUGUCGGUGGAUUAGUUGUCUUGGGCAUAUUUGGUGCGCUUGUUGGUAUUUGUCUAACGCGACGAAGACGUAAGGCCAACCGUCAGCCUACAUCAUCGUACGCAAUGCGAGAUGGUCCCGGAUAUGGUGCUUCUCUAGGUACUGGUACUGGCGCGGGCGCGGGCGCUGGUGGGGCGGAUAAGGCCUUGCGGAGUUCUGACUCUAGUGCCUUUAUCCCAUUGCAGCACGCAUAUAACCAAAACGAAUCAUGGAGCUCAAGCUCUGCAAGCCUACAAGCGCCGUAUCAAGAUGAAGCACACGAUCGUCACGGGAUGAGCAUGGAUUAUGAUCCAUAUGCUGCUGAAUCGAGGAUGAGUACCAGUACACCUGUUGGGCGGCCACACAGAUACUGA